AUGCACUCUCCCAAGAAAAAAAAACAUCUCUAGCAAUACACACCAAACUGAGCAUGUGCAGAGUGUCUGCACACGAUAUGUCUGAUCAGAAGAUAAGAGAGGGGGGCACUGGAAGAAGGGGAGGAUCAGACAAGUCAGGAUCAAACAGUGUUUUUACACAAUGAAGAGAAUUAACCCCUUAGGUUCCACAGUAGAUAUAACAAGCAUGCUUUACUGCCAUGGGCGGACUGACAACUCAUGGGGCCCCCGGGCAAUAGGGGAUCAUGGGGCCCCUGUGUCUUUUACCAAACUCAAAAAAGCCUAU